GUCUCCAGAACGAGAUGAGGGUCAGGAAGAGCGCGUGAGAGACACAUCCCACAGGUGUGUUGCCGCCAAGUCGAAUGGUGCCUCGCGGCUCUUCAGGACAGGCACGCGCGCGCAUACCUGGAAAUUACCAUGUGACUCUGCACCUGGGCGUGGAGAAAGUCCUAAUUCCGACCGGAGACUCUUUUGUUGAGGAGUUGACCGCGCCGUCUUUUAACAGCAGCGACAGUUCAGUCAAACACUGUAACCCGGGGGGUGUCUUCCCUGUUUUUCAGCGGACUAGUGCCUUUUCCUGAGACCUACUCACCGGACGCGGGAGGAGAUGUGAACUUCCUCACGGACAUUUUUAUUUAUUUUUUGCAAAUAAAUAAAAGUCGGCAGAUUUCAUUUCAGCGGGAUUCUUCAGUUGGCUUUCUUGGACUGUUUGCAUUUCAGUAACUGCUCCGCUCUUCCACCUUCAGGAACCCAAGCCCUUAAUGAAGCUGGGGGUCAGCGGCAGAGUGUGGCUAAUUGGCCAAGUUUGCCCGGGGCUCCGGCUACCUGUGAUUGAAGUGUCCAGUGAGCACCCACUGUGCAGCCACUGCUGCACCCUUCUCUGUUCCACUCCAGCAGCCAAGACGCUCCCUGCACCCCUGUCGGCCUCUCUCUAGUGAGUAGCACCCAAGAGAUGGCAAGCUGGGUCUCCCUUCUUCUCAUCCUGUUAUGGCAAUCAAUAUCACAAGCCCAGGAGGAGAGCAGCAACGCCCCCAUCCUGGAGUUCAUCUCCGAGACGAACAUUAACAAUGUGGUUCAAGACCCCCAAACGGGCCGUAUUUAUCUGGGAGCAAAUGACUCCAUCUACCAGCUCGGCCCUUUCCUCAAGCUCCAGGCCCGUGCCGAGACGGGACCCAAAGAAGAUGCGCGUAGCUGCACACCUCCAGCUUCAGCCUGCCAGGACAUAAAGCCAAUGUCCAACCUCAACAAGCUUCUGCUAAUCCAUCCAUCUAAUGGUACACUUAUAGUCUGUGGCAGUCGCUAUCGAGGCAUCUGCUCCCUCCUCAACCUGUCCAAUGUGGAAGAGCAGAUUUAUUACAGUGACAAUAAAGGAGAGAGGACUUAUGUGGCGAGCAUAGAGGAUAAUGUGAAUGUGGUGGGAGUCAUGUCCUACUAUAAAAAAGAUGGACAAACUUUCAACGUGUUUGUUGUGGGGAAGGGCUAUGGAAGCUUGGACAGUACAAAACUCAUUAGCACACGAAUCCUUCAGGACUACAAGGAAUGGGUUGUGUUUGAGAACAUAAUUGAGGCUUCUACAGUACAGACGACGCCAUUUGUUCCAAAGUACUUGCAUGAUUUCAGGCAUGCCUUCAAAGAGGACGGUUAUGUGUAUUUUAUCUUUUCCCGGACUCUUGAUGGUACGGAUAACAAAAACUUGACCUUUGUGUCCCGUCUCUGCGAAGACGACCACCACUACUACUCUCACACAGAACUUCAGUUAAACUGUGGACCAAAAAAUCAAUACAACAAAGUCCAAGCGGCUUUUGUGGCUUCUCCGGGAAAAGAACUGGCACGGGCAAUGACUGAGUCAGGUAUGUACGGGAAGGUAGUCUCAUGGAAUAAGGUCCUCUUCAUGGUGGCAAGUUCAGAUGAAGAUGACAGUAAGUCAGCUCUAUGCAUGUAUACCAUGAACUCCAUCAAUGAGAGGCUGAUGGACAUCAUCAGCGCUUGUUACAGUGACCAUGGGAAGAUUUCAGGCUUUCCUGCUGUGGACAUCCCCUACUCUUCGAAAACAGAUGAAUUCUGCUCAUCAAAAAUUGGGAAAGACAUGCUGGAAAGCUACAAGUGUGGUGCAGACUUUCUGCCAUCACCUCUGGCAAGCAAGCCAAGAUAUGCCUUAACGGCCGGUCCAGUGUGGACCACUUCAAGCCUGUUGACCGCUGUGGCUGUUGCUGUGGAAAAUGAUCACACCAUUGCUUUCUUGGGCAACAACAAGGGAGAGGUCUUCAAGGUACAUCUCACAUCAGAAGCAAAGGAUUACAGCAAGGCUCCUGGUGACACCAUUGGGGAGAAGGUCAACAAGAACCUCUUCUUUGACCUCAGUCACAGCCACCUGUACAUCACCACAGAGAAGAAGAUCACCAAGGUGCCGGUGCAGAUGUGCCUCCACAAGACAGACUGCCAAUCAUGUGUGGGGCUGAGGGAUCCUUACUGUGGCUGGUGUGUCCUGGAGGGCAGGUGUACCAGGAGGUCUGAGUGCCGUCGGGCAGAGGAGAAGAACGGCUGGCUUUGGAGCCCCAGGCAGCAGUGUGUCAAGAUUGUGUCCUUCUAUCCCUCAAACCUCUCCUGCAAAAAAACAGACAAGAUCCAGAUCAACAUCCCCUCUCUUCCUACUAUCGGACCCUCUGACCGUCUGCAGUGCAACAUUGGAUCGUUCCAGAGUGACGGCACCAUGCUGGACUCCAGUCAGGUCUCCUGUGAUCUGCCACAGCCUUCACAUAUCCCCAAAACACCUGAGGAUGAAGAUUUUGUCGCUGUUUCAGUCAAGAUUUUAGUCAACAAGACCGUGGAGCUGGCCAUGAGGGAGUUCAAGUUCUACAACUGUGCCGCCACUGUGAGGAAAUCAGAAAACACACCGUGUAAGGCAUGUGUGACAAGUCCAUGGGGCUGCCAGUGGAAUACGCAUGAUCACACCUGCAGUGACAAAGAUGACAACAUAGCGGGGCCAAACAUCAUUGGACACCGUAAGAGAUCAGAAUGUCCUCAGUUUGAGAAUCCAGAUCCGGUUCUGAUCCCAGUGGGUUACAAGACUCGGAUCAGUUUUGAAGGGAUCAAUUUAAGCAGCCACAAGGGUCGUGUUUUCACCAUUGGGACCGAAUUGAUAAAAAACAUCGAGGAAGAGGUCAUAUCUGAGAGCGGUCCUUUUUUCACUUUUAGUGGCUUCAGUUUUUCCUACAAUAAGUCACCGGAGACCAACAUCCUUUUCUACGUGAAGGAUAGGGAGACUGGCAAGAAGAUGGACAGCACUCUGAACGUCACCCUGUACAACUGCUCCGUGGGGAGGGAAGACUGUAGCCUCUGCAAGUACGCUGAUCCAAAGUACCGUUGUGUAUGGUGCAGCAAGCAGAAGGCGUGUGUGUAUGAACAGCUCUGCAGUGGUAUCCAGCAGGAGGACCUCCACAACACUGGGUGCCCCAACCCUGAGAUCACCAAUAUCAUUCCUCAUUACGGGCCCAUUCAUGGAGGCAUUACCAUUACCAUCCGUGGAUCCAACCUUGGUAUUCAUAAGGAGGACAUUAAAAGCAUCACAGUUGUCGGAGUGCCCUGUAUUCAUCAAGAGGAAAAGUACUCUGUCUCUACAAGUGUGGUGUGUGAGAUUGGACCUGUAGACCCUAAUAAAAUUCCCUGGGGUCCAGUGGAGGUAGAGGUGAAUGGGGGAAAGAGAGGAACGUCCCUCAUGGUCUUCACCUACAGAGACCCAAUUCCAGAUGGUGUGCAGCCUUCUAAAGGGCCUAAAGCAGGGGGCACGCUCAUUACAAUAACUGGGAGGUUUUUGGACACCGGGAGCAAAGAGGAUGUCCAGGUUAACAUUGGAGGCAUGGACUGUGCUGUGGAGCACUUUGGAACAGCUAUUAUCUGCAGGACAGGUGAAUAUCGAUUGGAGAAGGUGCCUUCUGACCAUCUCCCCGUCAGAAUUCAGUAUGGAAAAGGAACCACAAAAAGCGUCUCAAGUGCCUUCCAGUACUUGGAAAACCCAAUUGUGCUGGACCAUCAGCCUAGAGGAAGUUUCAUCUGUGGUGGGAGGAACAUUGUGGUAACCGGCUCCGGUUUUGACCUAAUCCAGACCGCUAUGAUUAAGGUCCAGGGAGACAACUCAUCAUACGUCGAGCAUGCCCACGAGAAGAACGACACACUCAUCCAGUUUCAGUCUCCAGCAGUCAGCAGCUCCCUGAGCCAGAACGUCAGAACCUACAUCCAGCUGGACAACUGGAUGAAGGAGCUGAAGCCCUUCGACUACCAUCCCAACCCAAGCUUCAACGAGCUGAAGAAGAAAGUCAUCACCGAGACCAGCAUCAUCAUUGUCACCGGUCGAGGAUUCUCCAGAGCUAUGACCGCCAAAGAAGCCCAAGCAUUUGUGGGCGACGUUCAGUGUCAAGUCAACAUACUUCAGGACGAGAAGCUGUUCCUGGACCCACCUUCCACCCCACCCCGCGCCCGCUCCAGACGGCAACGCCGAGACACCAGUCCUGAGCUGCUGGAUCUAAUGAUCAAGUUUGGAAAAGGGGAGUGGGUGAUCGGCUCGGUGCAGUAUGAAAAGAAGAAUGAUUUGUCGCUUUACAUAAUCAUCCCGGCAGUUAUUGUGCCUAUGCUGAUCAUCAUCAUCAUUUCUGUCUACUGCUACAGGAGAAAGAGUCAACAGGCAGAAAGAGAAUAUGAGAAAGUUAAGCACCAGCUGGAGAACUUGGAGGAGAGCGUAAGAGACCGCUGCAAGAAGGAAUUUACAGACCUAAUGAUUGAAAUGGAAGACCACACGAACGAGUUGAGUGAAGGACGAAUCCCCUUCCUGGACUACAAGACCUACACAGACAGGGUCUUCUUCCUGCCUUCUAAAGAUGGAGCCAAUGAUGUAAUGAUCACCGGGAAGCUGGAUAUUCCAGAGGCUCGAAAGGCAACAGUGUCACAGGCUCUCAACCAGUUCUCCAACCUGUUGAACUCCAAGACAUUUCUCAUUAAUUUUAUCCGUACUUUAGAGCGCAGUCAUGACUUCAACGCCAGGGCAAAAGUGUACUUUGCCUCCCUGCUUACUGUGGCUCUGCAUGGGAAGCUGGAAUACUACACAGAUAUCAUGAGGACAUUGCUGCUGGAGUUGAUGGAAGAGUACGUCCACAGUAAGAACCCCAAGCUAAUGCUGCGCAGGUCAGAGACAGUGGUGGAGAGGAUGCUUUGCAACUGGAUGUCCAUCUGCCUUUACCAGUUUUUGAAGGACACUGCAGGCGAGCCCUUAUACAAACUGUUCCGAGCCAUCAAGCACCAGAUUGAAAAGGGGCCUGUGGACGCCAGAGUUAAGAAAGCCAAGUACACCCUCAACGACACAGGCCUGUUGGGUGACGAUGUAGAGUACUCUGUCCUGACCUUGCAGGUGCUGGUUCAAGGCGAGGGUCCAGAUGUGACACCCGUCAAGGUGCUGAGCUGUGACACCAUCUCACAGGUGAAGGAGAAGAUCAUAGAACAAGUAUACAGAAACCUACCUUAUUCCCAGAGGCCCAAGGUUGACAGUGUCACUCUGGAGUGGCGUCCCGGCUCGACAGGACAGAUUUUGUCUGAUCUGGACCUGACCUCCCAGAAAGAAGGCAGGUGGAAGCGCAUCAACACUCUGGCACACUACAACGUACGAGAUAAUGCCACAUUAGUUUUAUCCCGACUGCUUCACACACAACAGAACUACGACCAGAACCAGGAAAACCAUGAAGAAAGAAAUGCUCUGUUGGACGAUGAUAAAGUUUUUCAUCUGGUGAGGCCAACAGAUGAACUGGAUGAGAUCAAAUCCAAACGCGGGAGUAUAAAGGACAAGUCAAUGACCAAAGCCAUUACAGAGAUCUACCUGACUCGACUUCUGUCUGUAAAGGGAACACUUCAGCAGUUUGUGGAUGACUUCUUCCGCAGCGUGCUGUGCUCUGUGUCCGUGGUCCCACCAGCCGUCAAAUAUUUUUUUGACUUCCUGGAUGAGCAAGCACUGAAACACAACAAUGUUGAUGAAGAGACCAUCCAUAUCUGGAAGACUAAUAGCCUGCCUCUGAGAUUCUGGGUGAACAUCCUCAAGAAUCCCCACUUCACCUUUGAUGUCCAUGUGUCUGAAGUGGUCGAUGCUUCGCUGUCCGUCAUCGCCCAGACCUUUAUGGAUGCUUGCACCAAGAGCGAGCACAAACUUAGUCGGGACUCCCCAAGCAACAAACUACUCUAUGCAAAGGAGAUCUCCACCUAUAAGAAGAUGGUGGAUGACUACUACAAGGGCAUCCGGCAGAUGGUCUCUGUCAGUGAUCAGGACAUGAACACUCAUUUGGCAGAAGUGUCACGGUCUCACACCGACAAACUGAACACCCAAGUGGCUCUCCAUCAGCUUUACCAGUACGCCAGCAAAUAUUAUGAUGGGAUCAUUGCAUCCCUGGAUGAGGAUCCAGCUGCUCAGAGUAAACAGCUGACCCUGCGGCUGCAGCAGAUCGCAGCUGCCCUGGAAAACAAAAUGACUGAUCUCUAACCCACCGAGAGGAGGGACAAAAGUCGAGACAUAGAGGGAGAUGACCAGUGACUACAGGGGCUUAUUUCUCUGUUUUUCUGAGCAUAAAGUAUAGAAAUGCAAAAUCUGAAAGGGGACCUGUUUAGAUGUGUGCAUCCCUGGAGUGUCUUUUUUAGGUUGUCUUGAGUAACCAGGACUAAUUAAUUGCACAUAGACAACAAACAAAAAAAAAAGGAUUGGGGAAAAUGAUGGGUUACACUGUAAUUGGUACGCCUUAAAAUCUCACUUGCCAAACCAUAAAGGUUUGAGCCCUCUCUCAUGCUCCUCUGGAUAUUGCUCCCAGGAUGCAGUAUGAGAGAAAUCUCUAUGAGAAUUAAGCCCCACUGUGGAGCACUGGUACAGCAGAUAAUCAGAUGUUGAAUUUCUCUCUGUGUGGAAAAGGGGUUAAAGAGUCGUAUUAUAUAUUUUUUUUAUUGUGCAGUCUUUAUGCAGAAAGCUUUAUAAGAAAAAAAAAUAUCUUUUUAAUUGGAAUCACUUUGUGGUGCGGACAGUGUUUUUAUCAGCCUGUGUGUGUGUGCGUAGAUGUCUGCGUGAUGCGUGAAGAGGAGCGUGUGCGUUGUGAGUUUGGGGCUGUGUGGGAACAUCCGUGCACCCACAGGAUGCCUACUUUUACAGGUGUGAAAGCAAAGCGACGCCUGCUUUCUCUCAUUUUAAGUCCCCGCCACCCAGAACAACGCCGGAGGCUGUGCUCUCGCCGAGCUUUACGACAGAGACCAAAGGUUCCGAACAGGGACGCCGGCCCGUUCGACUGACAGGUUACCAGAGGUUUCGCAAACAUUUCAGAUGAACACUUUGCUUUUUAUACAGAGUUUUUUUUUUUUGCUUUAAGCUUAAUUGCCAUUCGUGCUCAUGGAAAUCGAUAGCAGCACAGCCUGUCUCCCUUUAUUGUACAGUGCCAUGAAACAUUCCACUUCAACUAAAGCACAGAGGGACAUUUCUGAGUUUUUUUAAGACAUUUCAGUUGAUGAUUUCUUUUUUUACAAAUUAUUUUCGUUUUACAACUUUUUUUCUUUAGUUCUCAGCAGAAAGAAGCAAUUUUAUUCUCCCAUGGCGCCAUGUCACUCAUGUUAGCCCUGCAAUAAUGUCAGUAUACCGGGAGCUACAACACCGUAGAUUCUCGCGUUUUCUUUCUAAUUAUAGUUGCCAUAUCGUAGCAGUUCAGCAAUACGUUAAAGAACAAUUGAUUUAUGUCUUUCUUAUGUUCUUUGUCUUUUAUUUUCGUGCCAUUUUUUUUUUUUUUUAUAUUAUUACCAUUGUAAUGUUCCAAAUAAUCAUGAUGAACUCUGCCUCUAAAGCUAUAAAAUAGCCUAAUGCUGAUGGUAAAAAUCUGCCAGAGAUGAAGUCGGUACUGUAGCUGCAUGUUGCAAACAAAGAGUUGUUCUUUCACAUUGUUUCAUGAUGUCGGUGUGCUUGGGUUCAGUCAUGUAUAUAAUUGCUUAUGGUAAGUGAAAUAUUGACAUGUCAGUGUCAGAGCGUGGACAGGGUCGGAAUGAGAGUUUGACAUUUCUUAGUCCAAUAAACACCAUCCCUAAAUUGUAGGUCUGGCCGUCGACAGAUCAUUUAAUUGUCCUCCCUCGUAUCUGACACACAGCAACAGCUCCAGAGACCCCAGAAUGUUAACGAUUCCUGCCUUGGCUAGAGUGACGUUUGCACAGACCUCGAUCCUGCCCGCCUGCCGUCUCAGCAUGGCGCUCCGGCUUCCUGACUAACAGCAUUUGGCACUGCCCACUCAGUGCGAUGCGGAGUGGCACUCUGUGUAAUGAAAUCAGCAGGGGAGGCUUUUGAUCUUAAUUGCAUGCCGACUGCGGACUCCAUCCUCGUCUCCGCUGUUGUUUACUGGUGACUCCUUUCUCACUGACAGAGUUGAUGCAAGAAGCUUCUUCUUUCAGAGCCUUUCUUUAACCAAAAAUGUGCCUUAUUGAAUAGGAUAAUACAUAUACAUUGUUUCUAAAUUAUUCUGUUGGUAACAUAGGUGAAUAUGAUGAUAGUACUAUAGACACAACAGUGUACUUGGACUUGUGAUCUUAUGUGUGCUGUCUAAACGCUAGAUGCGCUGCUGCAGCCAUUUGCGUGCCAUUAGACUGAAGACAUUUCAGUAUGAUUUCUUUUACGGCUGCAGUUUUGACCUGUGCAUUUCCUUUGGGUGUCUUUGGUGUGUGCUUACUAGGACUUUGGUGGCUAAAACAAACGAGCUGAAAAGAUUAAAUGUUGAAGAAUGACCAAUUGGAUCUGGGUUUCCCUUGAAAUUGUCUCACAUUCCAAAAUUAGACAAAAGGGUAUCCAUGUGUAUAAUUGAACAUUGCGCAAAAUUGUUCCAAUGGUGUUGAUUCUUUUGACCUGUGUUUGUUUCUAAGCUAUCCUACAGUGUGUACGAUAAAUGACUAUCUAUACUCGACAAAUGAUUUUUCUUACUGCUGUGCAGUUAUUUUUAUUUCUUGUUUCCUAUAGCAUAUAAAUCUUUGUAACACAAGUUGAAAUACUGUAUUCUAUCUGUACACCCAUAUGCAUUGGUUCCUAUGACAAAAACUAGAAAAGAUAGAAAAAAAAAAACUGUUUGUGCUGUUGUCGAGACCUGUUUUAUUUUUCCCCAUUUUGAAACUUGUGAAUGUGCUGUAAUGAUAAAAGAAACUGGGACACUGCACUUUCGGUACAGGACCAGUAAUGGAAGCCAAUGUUUCCCUCCCCAUCCGAGGCAGCUUUGAAUAUUCUCGAUCUUGUACCUGAUCUGGUUGUGCUGGAUGAACAUAAUUUUAAAAGUCGUAUGUGUGGACGGAGCUGUUACCCACAGGUUUCAUCAUGCACUCCUCCGUGAAUAAACUCAGAGACAUAUAAACCCUU